AUUCGGUAUACGAGAGGAUAUUCACGCAUGUGCAUCGUCCUUUUAGCAGAGGCACUUUAUCUCAUCAGAUCUAACCGUUGAGAGUCUCAAAGUUUUGGAGAGUGAGAGGUCAUGUGACUUGGAGUUUUUGGAGAAAGGCCUGACUCCAAAAUUGAGGCUGGCCGGUUAAUCAUCGCUUGAAUCGGCGCUUCGCAGCUCUGAACUUCAACUGAAGCUCACGCGCCUCAAGUAACAGCAUCGUCUUUGUUCAUCUUCUAUCAAAGCAAAUCGCCGCCCCCGACGUCUUAUCACAGGAAUCAAAAUUUUCAGUAUCACCAUAUAGAAAUUCCGCCUGAUCAACUACUCAGAGAUUACCCAACAGGGACUUGAUACCUGCGUUGCUUGUUCGUUUCCAUCUUGAAGGACCCACUCCCUUCGACGCGCUUCUCAAAGCUAUUGUGCAUGCUUGAUACGCCAAAGAAAAUCCGUCACGAUGGCCUAUGAGCCUCGUGGUGAUCAUGGUGGUGGCCAGGGCCAGGAUGGGGCAUUUGUCAAGGUCCGAGGCAGGCGUAAGUUUACCCAUCAUACUCUGUGACAUUUCUCCUGUUGUGUUUGCAUUGCCAAGCUGCUCGGUGGCAGAAAAAUAUGAAAGCUGUGGGAGAGAUGCAACUACAUCCACUGUCUCUGUCCCAUGUAUUUUCAAGGGAUGAUUGUUGUUUAGACGAGCAAUCGAGGUUUUCGAUUUCGGCCAAUCUCAUGCUUAAAAGCAGGGGUUCUUUCUGGGGCUGUGAAAGAGGCAUUCGAAUACACAUACAUCAUAACCUGAAGACUUAAAUCACAACUGAUUUCAAACUGACGCUUCAACUUCAGGACCUGUGACUGACUAUGGCGCCACUAUAACACAUUGGCAACAUGAUCGUGCCCCCAGCUAUAAGGGAGGAUAUACUGGCGAAGCUGAGCGACCUAGCGUUAGCUAUAUCGUUGAUAUGCUUCCCCCUGCAGCGCGUGUCACAAAAGCUGCCGACAGUAUCCCUAUCAAGCACCUUCACUCUUCUCUCAAUAAGAUUAAGCAUCCCAUCAACGUAGUGCGGUGGACACCAGAAGGUCGAAGAUUAUUAACAGCGUCGACCAGUGGCGAGUUCACACUAUGGAACGGAACAGGCUUCAAUUUCGAAACCAUUAUGCAGGCUCACGAUUCUGCCAUUCGUGCUUUGGAAUAUUCACAUAGUGACGACUGGCUUAUCUCGGCGGAUCACGAUGGAGUUAUCAAGUACUGGCAGCCAAACUUCAACAAUGUUCAGAGCAUCAACGCCCAUACUGACCCUAUUCGAGACCUUGCUUUCAGUCCAAGUGAUUCCAAGUUCGUCACCGCAAGCGACGAUUCGACCCUCAAGAUCUUUGACUUCGCUCUGGGACAAAUGGAAUCCAAGCUUGAAGGCCACGGAUGGGAUGCAAAAAGUGUGGAUUGGCAUCCUACCAAGGGACUACUCGUAUCUGGUUCCAAGGACCAUCUUGUCAAGCUUUGGGACCCUCGUACUAGCCGCUGUCUAACGACUCUACACGGUCACAAGAGUACUAUAACAAAAGUACUGUUUGAAAAGGUCCGUGGUGCUUGUCUCGCCACAUCUGCAAGAGACCAGACCGCUCGUGUUUUCGAUCUUCGCAUGAUGCGUGAUAUCUGCCUUCUCAAAGGCCACGAGAAGGAUAUUUCCACUCUCACAUGGCACCCUAUCCACCCUAAUCUUCUCAGUACUGGUGGUAUGGACGGCUCGCUAUUCCACUAUCUACUCGAUUCACCAAACCCGCCUCCUGGCCAAUCUUUCACUGUUGCUCCUUACGACAGCCCUGACCCGUCGUCAGUAGCCGCCCAGUCGGUAUGGCCAAUGCACAAGGUGCCCUUUGCUCAUGAUUAUGCUAUUUGGUCCCUCGACUGGCAUCCUCUCGGACACAUUCUGGCAUCAGGAUCCAACGACCGAAUUACGCGUUUCUGGAGCCGUGCUAGACCUGGUGAUACAGAUGUUUUCCAGGAUCGCUACCAUAUCGGUGAAGCAGCGGCCGAGGCCCAAGGAACCUGGGACCGCCGUGGUAAUCGUCGGCAGCGCCAGGAGGAGGAACAACAAGAGAUGGAAGACGAGAUGGACGCUCUUGUUGAUCAAGACGCACCGAAAGCUGCUGUUCCUGGACUACCUGGUAUUCCUGGACUGCCUCUUGGUGGAGGCCUACCCGGCCUUGGCUCAAGUAUUCCACCUCCUCCCAUUCCUGGUGUCGGUGCUGGCUCAGGAGCUCCUCCACCGCCUCUACCAUUCCCCUUACCUGGACUCAAUGGCGGUCCGCCUCCGCCUCCCUUACCUGGACUGGAUCCCAAUAAUCCUCCAGAUCCAGCUCAACUCCUCGAGCUUAUGAAGAAGGCCGGCGUGCCUCUCCCGCCACCAGGAGCUCUACCACCAGGAGCAUUACCCCCUGGACUUAUCCCACCACCGGGCAGCAUGCCUCCUCCGCCCGGGAGCUUUGCCAUGCCAGUCCCACCACCUCCCAUGCCGGGAUUCGAUGCCGACAAGGCAGAUGCCCGACGGAGAGCUCCUCUUCCCAGUCAAGAGGAGAGUUUGCGCCACGAACAACGACAAGGGAAAUACACGAGAGCGAGAUAGAGGGAAUAAAGAAAAAGAAACGCCGAUGAUUCGAUACCCUCUGGCGCUGGUGGUCUACGUAAUGCUGACUGUUUGCAACUAAAGCAAGCAUACACUGUAUCCUUAGGGAAUAUGGCACAGAUUUCAAAAACUGUAAUGUACAUGUCAAUCGAAAACUUUUGUAUACCCAUCAUUCAUUUGAGCCCGUAGGCAAGAUGCACAUGCUAUCGGUGGUGCAUAUAAUUCUAAAUGCUAAAACAUGUAAC